CUCUCUUUUCCUGCUCCUAUCGUGGACGGUGGAUUGGUUAUGAUCGUGCCUUGGGUGCUUUUACCCGCGAUUGGGAGAGCGAUCUCCAAGGACGCGCCCGCGGGUGGGUUGCGAGCUGCCACCGGAAGUUGGGCUAGGCGAAGCGUAGUGCAACUUGGUCGCCGCCGAUGUGUCAGCGUUCCCACCCCACUCGGCACCUCUGCGUGCGUCACGCGCCUCGCGCUGCGACGAUUUUCUUCGAGGGGCCGCUACUGUACUGCGACCAUCAGAAGCGCAUCGCGUCGCGAAUCACGCGUGAUGCGUACACCGGAUGCUCUCCUGUUCAUUCGAGAUUUCGGCCCGCUUUUUCUUUUUUCUCCUAUUCCUUUUUCCUUCUUGCCAGCAAUCCAGGGGAAAAGAGAGGCUGGAGUUAUAAACAUAUAUUUUUCAUCCUUCUUUUUAUACUGUGCAAGGAAUUUUCUCCUUUGUUGUGUGGUACGUCCGAAUCAAGCAACACGCCAGGGCGUCAUGAAACAAUCCUGCCUUGAUUCUUGACGCCACAAGACGCUGAUCCAUCCGUUUCCAGAUUUACAGAAAAAAGUAGUGCCUUGUGGGAUAAGGUGAUGAUACUAUAUUACUACGUACUUGAAUCCACGGAAUGGUAAGGGGGGCGAUCGCUGGCCUAGGAUGAAACUGCGGUUGCAUCUGCUGGUCCUGUGCGUGAUCAUCAUAUUUCUGGUGUACAACAUGGCAAACUAUCAACAUAGGCAGACAACGUUGGAAGCAAAAUCUCGACCAUUUGAUACAGUGACAGUGUCUGACAGAGCUGCUGUUAAGGUGUCUGAAAAAGCUGUUGCUAGGAUUGGUUAUUUGCCCCAUAGUAUAGUGGAGCCAUACUCCGACAUGGAGUUGAAGCCAUUGUGGUUGACAAGAAGCGCGCAGUCACAGCAGGAGUCUAACCACAAUGAUCGGUGUUUGAUUGCCAUCGCUGCUGGUAUAAAUCAGAAAAAAAAUGUGGAUGCUAUUAUGAAGAAGUUUCUUCUAGAAAAUUUUACAGCUAUAUUGUUCCACUAUGAUGGGAAUGUCAAUGAGUGGAAUGAUCUACCGUGGAGCAAAAGUGUGAUACACAUAGCAGCUUCUAACCAGACAAAAUGGUGGUUUGCAAAGAGAUUUCUCCACCCUGCUGUUGUCUCCAUGUAUCAGUAUAUCUUUCUUUGGGAUGAAGAUCUGGAAGUAGAUAAUUUCAACCCAAGAAGAUACUUAAAUAUAGUUAAAUCAGAAGGGCUGGAGAUAUCACAACCAGGUCUUGACUCUAAACUGUCUGAAAUUCAUCACCGGAUAACUGUUCGCAAAAAAACAGGGAGUUUUCACAGAAGAGUUAGUCGGGCUAACAAAGAAUGCUCAAGAGAAGGACCGCCUUGUUCUGGAUGGGUUGAGGGCAUGGCACCAGUUUUCUCAAAAUCUUCUUGGCAAUGUGCGUGGCAUCUUAUCCAGAAUGAUCUUAUCCAUGGAUGGGGCAUUGAUUACAAGUUUGGGUAUUGUGCUCAGGGUGAUAGGACAAAAAACAUUGGAGUAGUUGAUAGUGAAUUUAUAGUUCAUCGAGGAGUGCAGACAUUAGGAGGUUCUGCAAUAGCAAAGGAUGGUACUCAUGGCAAAAACACCCAUCCACUCCGUCAGAAAACUGCUCAAGUGCAACAAACGAGAGCGAGGGCAGCAGGCCUCGACAUGAGAACAAAGGUCCGGAGAAAAUCACGAUCGGAGCUUCUUGAUUUCCAGAAGCGUUGGGACCGGGCUGCAAGGGAAGACAAAACAUGGGUUGAUCCAUUUGCACGCUCCCGACAAAAACGGAGAAACAGAAUCCAACAGUAGAUUGACAUAAUCGUCAUAGUUACUAAAUUUUUCAGUUGCACCGUCGAUUUAGAGUGUACGAUAUUCGGUUGCAUAAUUCAUUCAGAUAAAAUCUUGUCGAUCUAACGCGUGUUUACAGGCGAAUUCUGCAGAUAAGGCGAAUUCUGCAUAUAUUUAUUAAAGUCAAAGGACGAAAAGAUGACCACACGCGUGAGUUUUGGGUGGGACGUGUGGAUUGUGCGUGUACUAGAUGCCACUUGUGCACUAGAUGUCUUGCUGGUUUCCUCGAGGCUUCUGGCAUGGGUGCUUUCGUGUGUUGUUUCAGCAUAUCUGAAGCUGAAUAUGUCACCUGGCGAACUCUAUUGGAUUUUGCCUGCUCUUUCAAAAUUCAUGUUGAUUGUGCCAUUCACUGAAA